AUGGGUAAAAAGAAGCAUCAAACUUAUGACGGAGUUGGCAGUAAAGCGCGUGAUAAAGUUCCAUUUAAAAAAGGUUUAACAAAGAAGAAAAAAGAAAAAAAAGAUUUUCAAAAAGUAAAAUUAAAAGCUGGAAAUCUUCGUCCAAAAGGUCUCAAUGAAACAAAAUUAGAAUUUCAAUCAAAAUCAAUUCUUAUACGUGAACAACUUCGACAAGACCUAGGUCCUGAACAUAUCAAUGAUAUUAUUCUUCGUUUACGUAAAGGUACUUCAUCACAAAAAUUAGCCGUUCUCGAUACAUUAAAAACACGUUUACAAAAUGAUGAUGUUGAAUCAUGGUCACCAGCACUUCAAUCACUUAUCGAUACUUGCACAUCCUAUAUUUCAUUAGAAAGUGUUAGUCAUUAUCGAUCAGCAUUUCAAUCUUUAAAAAUAAUAUUUUCACGUGUUAAAUCUCCAGAAUGUUUCUAUCCAUUAAUGCCACUGUUAUGCCAACGGUUAAUUUCUUUAAUGACACAUUUAAACGAUGACGUCCGUGAACGAUCAGUACCAGUACUUGAAUUACUUAUUCAUCAAACAUAUUCAUCAACAUUAUUAACAGAUUAUGGAUUAUCAAUUCUUGAAAGUUUAUUACAACAACUAAUGAAAACAAGUCGAUCGGAAAGACAAUUUAUUAUUACCAUUGAUACAACGACUAUUGGAAAUAAUAGUGGAAAUGCUCGAUUACUUGAUUGUAUAGCACAAUUAGUUAAUAUUGUUUUUGAUAAAUAUAAUGAUGAACAACCAACGAAUAAAGAUUCACAGCGAGAUGAAGAACAAGAAAAAUCUUUAUUUGAUUUAUUCCAUCAAACUAAAGCAAAACCUUAUAGAAUUAUGGAUCAAGUAUUUCAAUGUCGUUCUGAUUCUCAAAUACUCUCUCGUGUUAUUGAUCUUCUAUUAAAAGUUCUUCUUCAAUUUUGGUCUGAAAUGCGUAUACAUCUUGGUGAUCGUUAUCAUCAUCGUGAUGCAUUAUCAUGUUUAUGGUGUUGUACACGUAUAUUUCAUCGUUUAAUGAAUUCAAUAUUAUCAAGUCAACACUACACAGAACUGCAUUCAAUAAUAGCUCAACAUUCGUCAUCGAUACAUAAACAUCUAUUACAAAAUUUUCCAUUCGAUGAACAUCAAGGUUCAGAUAGUCUAUCGUCAAAACAAGUUCAACAAAAAAAUUUAACUGUAAGACGUUUAAAUAUUCAUAUUAUUGAUUUAUUAUCAACGCAAUUUCCUCGUAUACAAGAAAAAAUGAUUAAAAAUUUAAAUCAAUUAACAUUUCAAUUAAAGCCGGAACAAAUGCAACCAUUAUUGGAUUAUAUGUUUGACUUACUUAAUAAUAAUGAAAAUUUAAAUAGUCAUGAAACAAAAGAUACACUUGAAUAUAUUGAAAAAUGUAUUCGUUCAUUUCGAGAUGACACAAUUAUCCGUCAAUGUAUACAAGGAAUCUCGAAGUAUAUACAACGAUCUAUAAAUGAUCUUCAUACAAAUUCAAUUGCCUUUCGAAUUAUAUGCGACAGUAUUACAUUAAAAAUAGCUAAACUUGAUUUAGAAAUUAUUACUUCAUUACCAGUUGAUGAUAUGGUUUGGUUUGUAUUUCAAGUAUUACGUUCACCGGAAACAGAAUUUAAUAAAAAUCAAAGAAAAGAAAUACUUGAACGAAUGACACAAAUAUUUUCAUUUGAACUUAAUCCAUUUUCAAUGUUACUUAAUAAAAUUUGGAUUGAUUAUUUUGCUAUACUAAAAACUAGUACUGGACUUGAACAACGUUUACUUGUAACAUGGCUGUAUGGUAUUAAUGGUAAACAACCGUUGAAUAAUUCAUUUUUAUUAAGUUUACAACAAUACAUCCAAUGGCAUUGGUUAGAACCAGAAAGUAUACAUCUAUUAUUAGGAAUUUUACUACGGCAAUAUGAUCGGCACGGUGAAAAUUUGUGUUCGAUGAAUGAUUUUUCAUUAUUCUUUUUUCGUCUUUUGUUUCCUUCGUUUAAAAUCGAUGGUUAUGUUACUGAAAAGCUCAAUGGUAUUGAUGCUAAUAAAACAUUUAAAUACAGUGAAAUUACAAUUAAUCAUUUACAGUGUUUAAAAAAUCAACGUGAUAAUAUAACUGAAGCAUUAUGGAUUCGAAUUGAAAAUGCUUUUGAAAAAAAUAAAACCAAACAAUUGAAAUGGUUCGAAUGGACAACGCUGUAUUCGUUAAUAUCAAUUGAUAAUGAAAUAUUCCCUGAUGCCAUUGUACAAAGUCGUCUUGCUGUUCAUCUCAUACAAACUAUUCAACAAAUGAACCAUACGUCUAAUCAACAAAUGAGUCAAUUUAUUUUAUCACGUGUACAAUCAUCGCCAGCAUUGAAACGAAUAUUAAAAGAAUGUUUAGCAUUAACUGCCAAUGACCAAGAACUUCACGCGCGAUGUAUAUCAUUGCUUGACUAG